UCGAAGUGAAUGAACGAUCUGUCAAUUUCACUUCUGUUGUUGGAUUGGGGGGCGCAGAAAGACCAGAUGUGGGUGCUGAGGAGGCUGGUUUCUGCGGGUCCUCUGGCCGCUGCUGCCCCGCACGGCGUUAGAGCAAUGACCGCCCUGGCUGCUGUGAGUUAUUGCGGCAGCGCCCGGCUGCCUGGCGCCGGGGCAGCUCUGGGUGGUCGCACAAGGCGGUAUUCAGAGACCCGUGCGCCCUCCGAAAUCCAAUUGCAGCAUUUAGAAGGCAGCAACUCGGGAAUUGCAACAGUUUUAAUGAACAGACCUCAUGCAAGAAAUUCCCUCGGAAAGGUGUUUGUUAUGCAGCUUGAAGAGGUCGUUGAAAAUCUGCGAAAGGACAAAAGUGUGCGUGUCGUAUUGUUUAAAAGCCAGAUCAAAGGAGUUUUCUGUGCAGGCGCUGAUUUGAAAGAGCGUGCUAAAAUGAGUAAUACAGAAGUUGGCCACUUUGUUCACAAGCUGCGAAGUUUAAUGAGCAAUAUAGCAUCCCUGCCAAUGCCCACCAUUGCUGCAAUAGAUGGGUAUGCACUUGGUGGUGGCCUGGAGUUGGCAUUGGCAUGUGAUCUUCGUGUUGCAGCAUCUUCUGCCAAAAUGGGUCUUAUUGAAGUUACCAGAGGUCUCCUCCCUGGUGCUGGUGGUAGCCAAAGACUGCCUCGUGCUGUGGGAAUCGGCAAGGCGAAGGAACUCAUUUUCACUGGUCGACAAAUAGAUGGUGAGCAAGCAGUGUCCAUGGGUCUAGUGAAUGAUGCUGUGACUCAAAAUGACUUGGGAGAUGCAGCUUAUCAAAAGGCUCUCUACCUGGCCAAAGAGAUACUUCCACAGGGUCCAGUGGCUCUCAAGAUGGCCAAGCAAGCAAUGAACAGAGGCAUUGAGGUAGAUAUUGCAUCUGGAAUGGCAAUUGAGGAAAUGUGUUAUGCUCAGGUUAUACCUACAAAAGACCGAUUGGAGGGGAUGACAGCUUUUAAAGAAAAACGACUACCCCACUUUACCGGAGAAUGAAAUCCCAUGUCUCAGACUGAUGAAAAAAUUACUCUAAUUACAAUCACAGUUAAGUACUUAAAUUCUUUUUCCUGAUAAUACACUUUAAAUUUCAGUGUUUCUACACUAUGUACACAAUGUCAUUUGGCUGGGAACUGAUCAGUGGGAACUCUGGUACAGUUGAAACUCUCUGGUCCAGCAUUCUGUGGUUUGUCUACUCCCAUGAUCCAACACAUUUUGAAUCUCAAGAGCAGAUCUACACUAAUCUACAGCUAAUUAACCUACCAGUGCAACCUUUGAUCUCAGCCAACAGCAUUUGACUUAUGGAAACUUCACAUUAUGUACAGUUCUCAGAACACUUAAUCACCCAGGGAGUGUCUAUACUGUUUUCCUGCUCAAAAGGUGAUUUGGGGGGGCAACUUCUGUAGUCAAGACAAAAGUGCCAGACUAAAGAGUUUCAAUCUGUAAUAAUACAUGUUGUUGUAGAUGUGAUAGGGGCCCCAAUGAUGGGUAUAUGAGAAGGUUACUUUUCUGUGUGUAUAUUGCACUUCUCAAAUCAGUUGUUAUUUUAAAAUUGCCUGUCCAACAGGAUUUUUCUACAAAACAAAAAUUGACUUGCCUAUUGUUUCAAUAAAAGUUAAUUAACAUGGAAUGGUAUUGUCAUUCAGAUACUGAAUUAAAAAUCUUAAAGUAGGGCUGAGGAACCAUACAUCCACUUUGCCUACAUGAUAGCUAGUUUAAUCCCAACAUAGUGUUGGCUAAUUAGUUUUCCAGUAAUUUUGCUCAUGUACUACUAUGGACUGGUUAGCCCUGACACCCACUUCCAUACACUACCCCUCCUCCAUCUUUUAUCCUAUGCCCCAUAAACUACAAACCAAUCCUUAACCCAAGUUCAGAGUACAAAUGUACUUUGUACAAAACCUCUUUGCAACUUAACCCUUUGGGUCUAAGUAGCAUUCUAGUUAUUUCUCCAGGCUGGAGGAUAGGGCAGGGAUGUUGCCCAAGGGUUGGUACUGGAUCAGUGCUUUCAAAUUGCAAAUUGGCUAGGCACUUGAAGGACAUGAAUUUGCAGGGCUCCAGGGGCACAGCAGGGAAAAAGGGAUUGACAAGGACUCAAUUUGGGUUAUUAGCACACAAGGACUCUGUGUGCUGUAAUUAAUAAAUUUUUGCUGCAUACUGCCCAAGGAUAAUAUAUCCAUCCCAUUCAAGCUACUGCCCUAAUUACCCAUGUAAGCCUAGCAAUCCAAGGAUUGAUCUGUGCACAAUUACUGAUUUCUACAUAGUCCAAGUAAUCUAUAGACAAACUGAGGUGACUAUAAAUAUUACCAUCAGGAAUAAUACUGAGUAAAAAUAAAUAUUCAAACCAUAUUAAUUAAAAACCUUCCACAGAAGCAGUAAAGACAACAUGUAGCACAAGUAUACAGGAUAGCUGAAUCAGAACCAGCUGGACUCUUCAGGUUGUGUGCAUUCAUUACUAAUGGGGGGGAGGGGAAGCCAGGUGCCCCAAAUCAGUUCCCCUAAAGAAUAUUAACACUUACAGUAGAUAGCAAUG